AUGCUCAGCCAUGACUUUAUCAAAAGACUCGCACGAGAACUGAUAUUCGAUCUUGGUGGGCAUCGAGUAUAUGGUAUAACUUUCAGCAACUGGGUGUGCACGCACCAUGUGCUACGGGACCCUCUGCCUGCGCUGUCUCGUGGGGUUUACAGUGAGAUGGAGGUCCAGAGGUUGAAGAAGAAGAAGAAGAGAAGGUGUGGAAGGGUGCGGGGAGGCCUUUUAUAUGUUCACGUCCCAGGGACCUUCCCAAAAUGGAUGGCCCUUCACUCAUGCCUUUUUUACCUCUCAGGGUUACUGGUUGUAGCUGGUGACCAUGCAGAACUCUACUUUACAUGUUUCUUGCAAAUUCAGAGCUCAUCUGAAGGAGUAUACCAAUGA